AGGCAGAUAGAGAUAGUAGUAGCUGCAGCAGCAAAGCUGGCAUGAUUCUGUUCUGACGUGGCAACUAAUGAUCCCCUUUGGUUGCAGUGCGAUGACAUGGACAUGGACAUGGCGCAGCUGGAGUGGCUGUCGGGGCUCUUCGACGACGCCUCCAUCCCGCACGAGCCGGCGUUCCCAUCAUCAAGAGCUCCUGGGGGCGAUGGCGGCCGGCGCGCUGCUGUUCCGCAGCUCCAGCACGGCAGCUUCAACAACGCCGUCCUCCUCCUCGGAGUCCAAGUCGCACAAGAACUUGUUGUUGGGUUAUAUUCGACCCCGGUGCGUCCCCUGCGCUGCGUUGAUUAACAAGUGCUCGAGUUUGGGUCGGAUUCGAUUGCAGCCCAACAGAGGGAGGAAUAAAAAUCGACCCCAGAUCCAAUCGAUCCUCUUUUGCUCCUCGUGAUUGUUGUUGGUUUCUCGUCGCACCAUGAGGAGGCUGUUACUCAGGCGGCUUAUGUCCAUGGAUCGGCGCUGGCGAAUGCGCCGCUGCAAAAUUCAAGCCCCUAAUGGAUUGAUUGCUUCCCAGGACAAACAUAAGGGCUCACCCGGCCAACAAGGUGGUAGUUGUCAGAUUGGUGUAACAGAAGGGUAUUCGUUGCCAUACUUUCCAUUGGACAUCUGGCGUCAUAUACAUUCAUUAAUGCCAUUUCGGGAUGCUGCCCGAGCCGCUUGCGUGUGUCGUGCCUUUCUGUAUUCGUGGAGGAGCUUCCCCCACCUUACGUUCAGCAAGCAAACUUUGGGCUUCAAUGAAAAAGCUGGUCGAAAGGAAAUAAUAAGACAUUUUACCAACAGAGUUGAUCACAUUAUGAAGAACCACUUGGGCACUGGCGUGAAGACACUUACGCUUUUGGGUGCUCCAUACAGUCCCAGGUACCAACGUUGUCUUGACAGUUGGCUUGAGAAGGUUGUAACGCCAGGCAUUGAAGACGUCACACUCUGUCUUGAUGAACACUUCACUGCUAAGAAGUACAAGUUCCCAUGCUCAAUUUUAUCCCAUGGGAAUGGAGACUCCAUUCAGCGUCUUGAUCUUGCUUUUUGUGCUCUUCGUCCAACAAUUGGAUUUGGUUCCUUGAGAACUCUAGUGAGAUUAAGUCUGUUUUUUGUGCAUAUUGAAGGGGACGAGUUAGGGUGCCUUCUUUCCAAUUCUUUAGCUUUGGAAUCUUUGGUCCUCGAUUAUUGUUUUAAGUUAGUUUAUGCUAAGAUACCUUCCCUUCAGCGGUUAAACCACCUGUCAGUGACUAGUUGCUGCAAGCUGCAAGUAAUAGAAAGCAAAGCUCCAUAUCUGUCCAGUUUUGACUUCGAAAGCGAACACCAUGUACAACUGUCACUUGGAAAAGCAUUGCAAGUGAAGAAACUAAACAUUGACUGUUCUGGCCCUAUUUGUGUCAGUAGUUCUGAACUUGCAUCUUGCACGCCAAAUCUUGAAGCUGGCAUACAUCCAAACAAUGAGAUGGCCAAGACACCAUUAGUAUCUAACAAAUUUCUCUACCUCGAGUGUUUGAGUAUCACUCUUAAAGGAUUGACCUUUUCUCGGAGCUUUGAUUAUUUUUCUAUGGGUUCUUCACCUUCCUUGGAGACUUUUAUCUUGGACGUAUCACAACAACUAAUGGAGCAUCCCAUCUAUCACAGAAUCAGUUUGUUCCCCCGUGCGAGGACUUGGGUUUAUCAAACAUGCCACAUGCUCAGAGCCUGGCUAAACUAGAUGUUUCAUCCUUGUCACAUGCUCACAGCCUUCCGGCUAGCUUCCCUUUUGUUGGACUUAGGGGGUGUUUAUGGUUCCAUGGACAUUUUUGUGUUGGGACUAAAAAGAAGUCCCUAAAAGUCCCUAGGAAACCAAACAAGGAGGAAAUUUUUUGGACUUUUUGUUAAAAGGACUAGAAAUAUCUCGUGGAGGGAUCCUAGGACUAGAAUUAGUCCUAGGACUUUUAGUAAAAGUCCUUCCAUGAGGUACUUCUAGGGACUUUUUUAGCAAAAAGUUUCAAAAAAGUCUCUCCCCGUUUGGUUUGUUUGGUUUCCUUGGGACUUUUUUACUCCCAACACAAAGAAGUCCAUGGAACCAAACACCCCGUAGUUUCGUGGGUCCCGGAUUACCUCAAUGCCUAGUCAUGUUGUUUACCCAGAACGAAUGAAUUAUCUCAUUAUUUAUUUUGUGUGUUUAUUUCAAUGUCCAAGCUUUUGUCAAUGUAUUAUGACUUCUAUAUUUGAAAUACCUGAAUUUUAAGAUCA